GUGGUGAAGUGGGACCGUGUGUGCGUGCUCUGUGAGACCGCUUGAGAGAAAGGGUGUGACAAAAGGAGGAUUACUAUAAGGUUUACGACCCGGGUGUACCUGAUGGCAAGCAGAUGCUGAUGAAGUUACUGUUGAUCGGGCGAUAAAACCGAAGAAAGAGAAACCAUGGUGACGACGCGGCGCAACCCAGACGGCCUGGUGAAGCUAUGCCUCGUCGCCGUUCAGAAGCUGCUGGCGUCGGCGGCCAUGAAGCGCACUUGGAGCUCAAACAAGAGUGACCUUUCCAGCAUCGUCCAGUCACACAUCCCGCACAACCUGAGACAGAAAUUACAGGAGCAGGUGGUGCAGGACUGGCGCGUGUACGACACCGUGACGCUUCGCCUCCUGGAGUUGCUGUUCACACAAGCCACCUCCUCGCUCAGACUCAUCCACGUCCGCACCUUCUACAGAGAUGCCUUUGUGAACCUCCUGCCUCGUCUCACGGGUUUGAUGGAGCUUAGCAUUCAGGACCCAGUGUGGACGCUGAGCAGGCGGCAGCUUGGGAUAGCAGCCACCGCCCUGUCCGCCAUGACGCAUCUCCGAGUGCUGACCUUGCAGUACUGUGCUCAUGACCGGCUCCUGGCUGUCGUCGGUGCGAACUGUCCGUUUAUACAGAUCGUAGACGUGCGUGGCUCUCGAGAUGUGACUGACGAAGGCGUGUGGUCCCUCGUCACCCUCGACCCCGGAGGCGCCUUCCUCUCCCUCGAAAGUCACUCUCAGAAGCAGAAGGUGUCCGAGAAAUUCCGCAACUGCUGGGGCGCGGCCGUCAAGUCCCUCACCUCUAGGUUGGUCAGUGCUCUCACUGAGGCGACGCUGCAGGCGGAGCAGACGGAGGAGGAAGAUCAGCCCGUGAACUGGUGCCGAUGCUGCGCCACACUUACGUAUAUAGACCUGCGCUGCACGAGGGUCACCCCCGUCGGCUUCUCCCUCCUGACGCAGGCCCUUCCGCCCACCACCCAGAUCGUACGCAACGCCCAGGGAUGCUUGGCAACACAGACCUGAGUAAAUGUUUGUUCUAUUACCUUCGAGGUUCAUCUGUCCUCCGUGUCAACGCAUUCCAUAUUUUUUUCUCUCUCUUUUUUUAGGGUGUGUGUGUGGAUCAGCGUUUUUUUUUCUUUUGUUUAUGUCUCUUUUCUUCUCUGUUGUUCUUAUCUUUAGUCUUCGUUCAAGAGUCAACGUAUCAUCUCUUCAUUCCCCUUCUGUGUUUUCCAGGGGUCGUAAUUUAUGGUGUUUUUUUUUGUUUUGUUUUGUUUUUCUGGUGUAUCUGUUGUGAUACCUUUUCGUGUCACUUCAGGAUUAUCUGAAAGACAGAAAUGUAUAUAAUUUUUUUCCGAUUUUGGAAAGCGACUUUUAUAUAUUUUUGUUGUUUAUGCGAACUGAUGUAUUCAUGAUUUGUGUAUAUGAUUUUGACUAUCUUUGGUGUCACCUUUUAUCCUUUGCCUUCGAAGAUUUUUCUAGACCUUUUUUGUAUUUAAUUAUGUUCACGUGAAUGAAGUUGUCAUGUCAUGAAGUGUGUACAUUCCUAAACAUUAUGCAUUCCCAAAAGAAGUGCAUUUGUUUGAGUACGUGGAUAUUAUAGUCAUCACCAGCAUCACACCAUCACCAAUACCACACCAUCUUCAUCAUCAACAUCAUCAUCAUCAUCAUCACCAUCAUAAUCAUCAUCAUCAUCAUCAUCAUUACCAUCACCAUCAUUCUCAAUAUAAAUGCGUUGAACAUUGCAUUGUGAUAUUUCAUUUUUGAUCAUGUUCCUAAUUAAACUCUUCUCAAUGUGACCCAGCACUCUUUAUAUGUGAAUUGUCUGACAGACAGUUUAACAUUAUCCUAUGAUUUCGCAUUAUAUAUAUGAAUCACCCAUCCACUGUACUAAUCACUAAGCACCUCUAACUGUUGUAGGUUAGAGAAGAUUUAGCGAUGGAUGGAAUAGAGUUACUUUUGUGACUGGCAAUAUGGCAAUCCAUUAUUCUUUCUCUCGCCAGAUUUAUCUCGGAUGUUAAAUAAUAAACAACUAAAUAAAUGAAGUAGAUAAAUGAUUAAAUGAUUAAAUAAACAUGUGCAUUUUAGUCGUCUAUGGAAAGCCAGGAAUCUGUCGUCACGCGCUUGUAUUUAUAUCGUAAACGUGUAAGGUAUUCAGAGCAGGGGACGAAUAUCGAAGUCGAGAAUGCAUGUUUUACACUCGCCCUGCAUUGCUGUUGGUGUUUCGUGGAGAGAAAGGCAUUAUUUAUCCGCGAAGAGAUUGUGGUGUAAUAUAUAAUAAUAAAAAUUAUUGUUUAGUUGUUCAUAAUUUUGCCUCGUUAUAAAAAAAAGGUAAAUUGAAAUAUUACUCUAUCGCAUCUAAUGGCAUUUAAGACGCUUUUUUCCCAAAUAAAGGGGCUUAAAAAAAAUUCCCAGCUGAAAAGGGAAUAUAUCUGAUAUGGAGAUUCGUGCGGCUAUAGAGGGUCGACAGUACGUUUAUUAAAAAUUUUGUUAAUUUAAUCCGUCAUCUAUAACAUGAUCUUCGGUAUAUUAAUGCACUCCAUCUCAUGAUGAUAGUACACUAAAACGAAGAUAUCGAUGUAUAUGUUAUAAAUGAAAGCUUAAAUGAACAAAAUGUUUAAUAAAUGCAAUUAUGUCUGAGACCCGCUUUCGACGCUCAUGCCUUUAUGUACCCAUGCGUCUCCUAUGCCGUCAAAUUCCUUAAUUCACUCUGAACAGCUCCUCUUGUUCUUCCGCGCGAGAUAUAGUGUGAAGUGAAUUACUCAACAUAUUUUCGUUCUAUGUGGUCCUAGAACACCCUCUAGCCUACAAUUUGAACGAUGGUGCCAGUAUCAAGAGCUUUACAUAUUUUUCUAUACACAGUGAUUAUAUUGUAAUAGCUUUUUUUGUAUAAAGUGUGAUAUUUUAUUAUUUGUUUAAUAAAUGUUAAGUCAGUUC